AUGUCUGAUAACCAAACAGAGCACAUGAGCGACCACCUCUCGGAGCAGACCUCAAUUUUCGGUCUUCGUUUGUGGAUCGUUCUUGGGGUUUGCGUUGGAGCUGCUUUUGUGCUCGUUUUGUUUCUCAUUUCCCUCUGGUUGGCCUCCAAGCGAUCCAAGAACAAAACUUUACAAAAACCCACAAUCCCAAUUGUCUCCAAAGAGAUCCAGGAGAUCAGGGUCGACCAUGUUCGGACCCAAGUCCAAGCUUACCAAUAUCCUGAACCCGACCCAAUUCCCAGAAUCGAAAGGCAAGCCUUGCUGACGCCUACAGAGGAUGAGAGCCCAAUUGGGUACCAGAAAGUUCACAUUGAGAUUGGCAAGGACCAUAGGAUUACUUAUCCAAUUGGGUCUUCUUCUUCUCAUGGAAGUGGGGAGGCUCGUGCUGUUGAUCAGGUGGCUAUGGUGGGACCUGAAGUUUCUCACUUGGGUUGGGGACAUUGGUACACUCUGAGAGAGCUUGAGGUUGCAACAAAUGGGUUUGUAGAUGAGAAUGUCAUUGGUGAAGGAGGGUAUGGGAUUGUUUAUCAUGGUGUGUUGGAGGAUAAAACUCAGGUUGCUGUCAAGAACUUGCUCAACAACAGGGGACAAGCUGAGAAGGAGUUCAAGGUUGAAGUUGAGGCAAUUGGACGAGUUCGGCAUAAGAAUUUAGUGAGAUUGCUCGGUUUCUGUGCUGAAGGAGCUCAUAGGAUGCUUGUGUAUGAGUACGUCAACAAUGGGAACUUAGAACAGUGGCUUCAUGGGGAUGUAGGGCCUUCCAGUCCUCUUACUUGGGAGAUUCGAAUGAAUAUCAUACUGGGAACAGCGAAAGGGUUAACAUAUCUUCAUGAAGGAUUGGAACCCAAGGUUAUUCACCGUGAUAUAAAAUCGAGCAACAUUUUACUUGACAAGCAGUGGAAUGCCAAGGUGUCAGACUUUGGCCUUGCCAAGCUCAUUGGUUCUGAGAUGAGCUACAUUACAACCCGUGUCAUGGGAACAUUUGGCUAUGUAGCUCCUGAAUAUGCAAGUACAGGCAUGUUAAAUGAGAGAAGUGAUGUGUAUAGUUUUGGAAUUCUUAUCAUGGAGAUAAUAUCUGGGAGGAAUCCAGUUGAUUAUGGCCGGCCACCAGAAGAGGUGAACUUAGUUGAGUGGCUUAAGAAGAUGGUUGCUAACAGGAAUCCAGAGGGAGUGUUGGAUCCCAAGUUAGCUCAGAAGCCUACUUCGAGGGCAUUGAAGCGGGCUCUUCUUGUAGCUUUACGUUGUGUAGACCCAAAUGCACAGAAGCGGCCAAAAUUGGGACAUAUUGUACAUAUGCUAGAAGCUGAAGAGUCCCCCUUCAAAGAUGAUCGUAGAUCUAGAAGGGCCGCAGAAUGCUCAGAUGGUGACAAUGUGAAGGUUGGGCUGAAAGAGAAGCAAGUAACUGAAUCCGGUGAUAGUAUCGGGUGUGAAAGUGGCAUGCAUGCCGAUAAUACAAGAUGGAGACAUCAAGAAGAAAAGCUGUGA